AGUUACUUUUUCCCACCAUAUUUUCUGUUAAUAAAUGUGAAUCCUUAAAGAAAAGAUAAGUGGAAGGCUUAAUCUUAACUACUCCCUAUACAGAGAAACACCAGCGUUCACCAAUACCCAAGCACUAUCUAUACCUGAUGAGGAUGUACAUGUACAUUAUCUACUAUUAAGACAUGAAGACGGGGGUUCGGCUGUAUUAUACAUCAAGUUUUAAGACGGUGAGAAGCAAAAUGUUGUUUGGGAAGUUUCUUGAAGAAUUUUCUGUAAGGAAAAAUCAUAAGGAAAUGGAAAGUUAUUAAGGAAGGUGAAAGCAGACAAGACGAGUAAUCCUUAUAAGACGAAAGAUGAUCUCAGCUCCAAUCAACCACAAGCAUCUGACCAUAUUAGCCUUCUUAAUUUUCCUGUUCCUCUUAUCCUUUCUGUGGAAUCGUGAAAUCAUCACUUCAGGGGUGUCAACAAAUCUUCAAAAUCUGAUUUGUCAAGAAAAGAAGACCCAAAAUGAGACGGCAAUACUAAGUUCUGUCCCCCCACCAAAACAAGUGGAUGACAUUGUUGUCCUCAUUUGGAAAUGGCCUUGGGGAUAUGUCUCCCCAUUAGAUAAAUGCCCUGAAUUUGGGGUCAAGGGAUGCAAGUUGACAAUAAACAGAAGUCUUUAUAGUGUUGCCGAUGCUGUCCUCAUCCAUCAUGCAGAUAUUAUGUAUAGCAACAUGUCUUUACCCCAGAUGCCAAAACCUAACUUUCAGCGUUGGAUCUGGUAUAAUAUGGAGCCACCACGAAUAAUCCAAAAUUUGAAAAUGCUGGAUAACCUAUUUAACAUGACUAUGACCUUUCGUAAAGAUUCAGAUAUACAAACUCCAUAUGGCCGGAUGGAACCAUUAAAGGAGAGGGGUCAAAAUUUCACCAUUCCCCAAAAAUCCAAGCUUGUCGCUUGGGUUGUCAGUAAAUGGUACCCCGGUGCCCCCCGUAUUGCAUAUUACGAGAAGUUAAAGAAACACAUUAAUAUUGAUGUUUAUGGAGCAAAACACAAGAAACUGAGCUGGGAUGAUUUUUAUUCAACCAUAUCCCAAUAUAAAUUCUACUUGUCUUUUGAGAAUUCAGUCUACAAGGAUUAUAUCACGGAGAAGCUAUGGUCCAAUGCUUUUGGAUCAUGGGCAGUUCCAGUUGUGCUGGGAACAUCUCGGAAGAACUAUGAACAAUUUGUCCCUGGAGAUGCCUUCAUUCAUGUUGAUGAUUUCCCAAGUCCCAAGGAACUGGCUGCUUACCUUCUAGAGUUGGAUAAGGAUGAUGAGAAGUAUAGGAAGUAUUUCAACUGGAGAUUUCAUUAUCGUGUCAUUAACCCUAAGGGUCCAUCAUAUGCAUACUGCAGAAUAUGUGCAACAAUAAGAGAAAAUCCAGUUUAUCAGGUCAUUCACAGUGUGGAAAAGUGGUUUCUAGAAGACGUGUAACAGGUUAACAACAGAUGCUUCCACUUCCUCCACUCAUCUAUGGGCAGGGUACCUGCAUGUUACCGGGUGUAUGAGGACUCAUAGCUGCCAUUGUCUAUUUGACAGCUAUAAUUCUGAACCUCAGCGUCUGAGAAAGAAGUAGUAGAUUAUGGAUAUGUGCAUGGACACAGCUAGAGUUGAAAGUGCAUAUAACAAAGUUAUCAAUAAUAUGAACUGAUGAACUGCAGUUUUAGGGCAUAUGGACCUCAUGGUGGGAGAAACAUUUUUUAUUUCAAGGGGUACUUCAGAGAAAAUAUAAUAAAAAUAAGUUCCAAAGACACCACUCUACUUGAAUAUGUUCCCUGUAAACCAUCCUGCCUGAUUUGCAUGGCUCCUGUGGCCCCUGUUGUC